AUGUCUGAAGCGACGAGGCCGAAAUACGACAAUCUUCCAGGCAUUGACACAGCACCUGAUAUCUACGAGACGCCAGAACUUACCGAAGACGUGUCUACAGUCCAAGCUUCCACCGCUGUUUCCGAAUCAGACUACGGCGAUAAUGACGACGACGACGACAAUGAUGACUCGGCAGUCCGUCACCAACGCCUGCAGCCUGAUCAGGCUCGCAAUCGUUUUCAGCCUGCUCGAGUAGACGCCCGUGGAGUUGACUUUUCGGACAAUAUCACCGCGCAGGGCCAAUCCUAUCGCACAUCUACACGGCGCCAGCGGCGGCGGGGCGAGAUAAUAGGCGAUGCCAGCGACGAAGAGGAGGAAAGUUUUGCACAAAAGCUACUGAGGAUCAAGCGAGAGUUGGCCACGUUAGAAGAUGAAUACCAGCAGAAGGUUGAAAGCGGGGACAAGUCCAAGAUUGAGGAGCAAGACCCCAAGGAAAUGAUGGAGAUGAUAGCGAGCAAGGUCGACACAAUUUACGCUGCACAUAAAGGUGGCGCUCGAGGUACACAGGCGAUACUCGACCGUACAGUGCAGAAGUUCGACAGCUACAAGCCCUUCGAUCCCAGUCCCAAACUUACCAAUGCCAUUGCAAACCAGCCGCCACUACCAGGCACACAGGUACAAAGAAGCCAAUUGGAGUUUGUGUUGAAUCAGGCAGCCGAGUUUGAUAGGCGCAUCACGCAGCUCGAGGGUAGUCUGGGCCUGAAUGGAAACACAAUGCCCGAGCUGAACGAUCACACGCCCUUUCCCGUAUCGGCUACUCUUACGCGGUUGGAACAGACUAUGGGCCUAAUUGGAGAUGCUGCAUCAAACAAUCUGGACACAGUCACGCAAAACGUCAAGAAGCUUACGGCCGAAGCAGAGCACUUAAAGGAAGUUCGCGAGGAGGCGGCAGAGGCUGGUGCGGGCUCGAACGAUAAUAGCUCGGGUACAUACCUUGAUCAGGAAGCGAAGAUCAACGCCUUGUAUGGCACUUUGCCUUCUAUUGACAAACUAUCGCCCAUCCUACCGCUAGUCCUUGAGCGGCUGCGCACAUUGCGACUCGUACAUACUAGUGCUUGGCAGGCUGACGAGGUCUUGACUGAGCUUGAACGUCGGCAAUCGGCGCAGGAACUAGAAAUCAAAAAGUGGGAGCAGCAACUCGAGAUUUUGGAGAAGGACAUCAAAAGGGCAGAGACAGCCAUGGUGAACAACAUCAAGACGGUCGGGGACGACGUGAAGAUGCUAGAGGGGAAGAUAGCCAAGCUACUUUCGGCAGACCAUGGGGAGUAA